CCCGCGGCUGAGGCGGCGUCGUCGCGGCCCAUGGAGGAGGCCUUGGCGCGGGACGCCAUGACCAAGGACGGCGACGGGCCGGCGGCCCCGCGGGACGUGUCGGUGGCGGUGGGCGUCGGGGACGUGAUCGCGGGCGGCACGGAGUACAACGGCGGCAUGAAGGAGCUGAUGGAGCGGCUAAGGGCGCAGCUGCAGGCCCUGUUCGAGGACGUGCGGGCCAUGCGCGGGCUGGACGAGCAGGCCUCCACCAUCCAGGGCCUGUCCGACGACGUCUGCGCCAACCAGCGCGCCAUCGUCACCAUGUGCCGCCUCAUGACCUCGGCGCGCGCCAGGGCCCGCCCGCGCCCCGGACGCGGACGCCGACCGCCGGGCCCCGGCCCGCCGACGCCCGCCCGCGCCGCCGGAGCCCCGCGCCCCCGGGGCCCGGCGCGCCGGUCCCCGGAGGCCGCCGGGCCUCCGCGGACGGCGCCGCCCUCGGAGAGCUUCCGAUCCCUCGACGCCUUCGGCCUCCCGGAGGCCGCCGGGGCCCCGGAGACGGCGGGGCCCAGCGGGAGGCCGGAACCGCCGGAGACCCUCCGUCUCCCGGAGGUCGCCGAAGCCCCGGAGACGGCCGGACCCCCGGGGACACCCGAACCGCCGGACACCCUCCGUCUCCCGGAGGUCGCCGAAGCCCCGGAGACGGCCGGGCCCGACGGGACCCCGGAUCUACCGGAGGCCCUCGCUCUCCCGGAGGUCACCGAAGCCCCAGAGGUCGCGGAACCCACAGAGACCCCGGAACCACCGGAGACCCUCGGCCUCCCGGAGGUCGCCGAAGCCCCGGAGAUGGCUGGACCCUCGGGGACCCUGGAACCGUCAGAGACCCUCGGGCUGCCGGAGGUCGCCGAAGCCCCAGAGGUCGCGGAACCCACAGAGACCCCGGAACCACCGGAGACCCUCGGCCUCCCGGAGGUCGCCGAAGCCCCAGAGAUGGCUGGGCCCACAGAGACCCCGGAACCACCGGAGACCCUCGGCCUCCCGGAGGUCGCCGAAGCCCCGGAGAUGGCUGGACCCUCAGGAACCCUGGAACCAUCGAAGACCCCCAGUCUCCCGCCGGUCACCGAAGCCCCAGAGAUGGCUGGGCCCACAGAGACCCCGGAACCACCGGAGACCCUCACUCUCCCGGAGGUCGCCGAAGCCCCAGAGAUGGCCGGACCCUCAGGGACCCUGGAACUAUCAGAGACCCCCAGUCUCCUGGAGGCGACCGAAGCUCCAGGGAUUGCUGGGCCCGCAGAGCCCCCAGGAUCCCCAGAGACCCUCACUCUCCCGGAGGUCACCGAAGCCCCAGAGAGGGCUGGACCCUCAGGGACACCAGAACCACCGGAGACCCUCCGUCUCCCGGAGGUCACCGAAGGCCCAGAGAUGGAUGGGCCCACAGAGACCCCGGAACCAGCAGAGACCCUCCCUCUCCCGGAGGUCACCGAAGCCCCAGAGAUGGCUGGACCCCCAGGGACCCCGGAACUAGCAGAGACCCUCACUCUCCCGGAGGUCACCGAAGCCCCAGAGAUCGCUGGACACUCAGGGACACCGGAGCCGCCAGAGACCCUCGCGCCCAAAGAGACCGCCGACUCCCCGGAGUCCCCCGAGCUCCCGGAGAGUCCGGAGGAUCCCGCAUCCCCGGCGACCGUCGGCCCCCCGGAGCCCCCGGGGGUCCCCAGCUUGCAGGGCCCCGGAGAAGAGGAGGCCGAGGUGCCCGGUCCUUCUGCGCCGACGACCGGCCGGCAGAGCCCGGAGGAGCCCGGCCUCAUCCCGGCCGAGGGGGGCGACCCCAGAGGGUGGGACGAGGGCGGGGACCCCCCCGGGGGGACCCUGCUCCGGCUGGGGGAGGAGGACUCCAUGUAG